CGCAAACAACUGUCUACUUUCAAAAGCGGCCGGUGGCAUAAAUAUAUUUAUUUCAUUCUGGGCUGGUUGUUCCAACUUCUUGGUAAGUUAACUGAUAGUUGGAACACUGGAUAACUUGGAAGUUAACUGAUAUUAAAUCAAAUAUUUGUCUUCGUUUUUCCUUCAAUUUAGAUAAAAAUAGAGAUAUGAUUUAACUAUCAGUUAACUUACCAUGAAGUUGGAACAAUUGGCCCUUUGACUUAUUGCACUACUUCAGAAGUCUUUCAGAAAAGAACAGAUCUAAGGCAUAAUGAUUGGCUGAAUAUAGCAAUUCACCAGAUAAAUCUUUGCAAAGAUUGGUUGUAUCCAAUUGGAUAUCUCCCAUUACGAUUUGCACCGCUGCAUUCCGACAAUAGUCUGUUUCGCACUUUUGCCAUAUGAGAUACUUCGCAAUAUAUUGGACAUCGGUCGAUUAGUUCACGAUGGAUGAGAUGGUGGACGAUAUCCUGAACAUGUUUAACUCAAACAAACCAUUAAAAAUAACAAUGUCGUGUCCAGAUCGAAGACGAGUAAAGAAUGAACCAAGUAUGUUUAAUCAACGUAAGCAAAAGAAGACAUUAGGAACGAAUUAUGCAAAGGAAUACAAAGAAAAAGAUGAUGAGGAAUAUUUACAGUUGACAAAGGAUAUCGUCUUCAAUAAGAGAGAUUGUAUAGACAAUAUGUCAGAUAUUACAUCCAAAGAUUCUAAUGCUGGAGGCUGGACCAAUGUUUAUGGAACUUAUAAUUUUGCUUAUCGACCUAAGACUGAUUUACCUAUUCACGCUAUUAAAGACAAGAUUAUAUCUAUGAUAACUAAUAAUUCAGUCGUUAUCAUACGUGGUUCUACAGGCUGUGGCAAAACAACCCAAGUGCCACAGCUUAUUCUUGAUGCUGAGUUUGAAAACAAACGAAACUGCAACAUCAUAGUUACACAGCCAAGACGUAUCGCUGCUUUGAGCAUUGCAAAACGAGUCAGCCAAGAAAGAGAUUGGCCUGUUGGUACUAUUGUGGGGUAUCAAAUAGGUUUGAUCAAGAGUAUGUGUGAGGACACUCGCAUAACAUAUUGUACAACUGGUGUGCUCUUGCAUAAACUUGUUAAUAAGAAGCACAUGAUGGACUAUACGCACAUUAUACUGGACGAAGUGCAUGAACGCGAUGAAGAUAUGGACUUCCUUUUGCUUGUUGUUAGAAAAUUAUUACGUACAAAUUCCAUGAUGGUUAAAGUCAUAUUGAUGUCCGCAACAAUCGAUGUAGAUAAGUUCUCUGAAUAUUUUUCCACACCUAUGGAAAAUAAACUCCUACCAGCAUCUGUCAUUGACAUACCAGAAGGAAGUCCAUACAAUAUUUCUAUAUAUUAUCUGGACGAAAUGGAAGUUGUGGGUUAUGUGCCUGUAAUAUCCGCGGACGAACCAAGCUUUACGUGCGCUAUGAUAGAAUUUUGUAUACGUAUCAUACACAUUUUCGAUCAUAUAGACAAGAAGAGCAACGACAAGGAUGGUAGACAAAAUAUAUUCGCCGUAUUGAUAUUUUUACCAGGAAUUCAAGAGAUCGAGGAGUUGCGUUGCGCGCUCUCGUUAGAUAAAUAUUCAGACAUGAAAUGGGAUAUAAUUAUUCUACAUUCGUUGAUCUCGACCGAGGAUCAAGAGAAAAUAUUUAAAAAGCCAUUCAAAGGCUAUCGACGUAUUAUAUUAUCGACCAAUAUCGCUGAAAGUAGCGUCACCGUUCCCGAUGUUAAAUACGUGAUCGACUUCUGUUUGACAAAAGUCCUCGUCACCAAUCCUGGCUCCAAUUAUCAGUCCCUGCAACUUUGCUGGGCAAGCAAAUCAAAUUGUCAGCAACGUGCUGGUCGUGCAGGUCGUAUAAUGGACGGCAGAGUAUACCGAAUGGUACCGAGGUCAUUUUACGAGACCGUGCUGGACAAGGACGCCGUGCCAGAAAUGCUCAGGACUCCAUUGGCGAAUGUAAUUCUAAAAACCAAGAUGUUGGAUAUGGGUGAACCAAAAGCGCUUCUUGCUCUCGCCUUGGAUCCGCCGGACCUUAGCAACGUGCGAGACACCAUAUUGCUGCUGAAAGAGAUCGGCGCCAUCCUCAAUACGACCGGUCACUCGGAAUUUGAUGGAGACAUGACACCUUUGGGCCGGGUGAUGGCCUCUCUUCCGUUAGAUGUACACCUGACGAAACUGAUCGUGCUGGGCCACGUAUUCGACGUUUUGCAGGACGCGAUUAUCAUCGCGGCCAGUAUGUCCGUGAAGAACAUGUUCAACAUUGGAGUCUGCAAGAGGAACUCGACGUAUUACGAAAAGCUCGAGUGGGCCGCCAACUCCGCCAGUGAUAGCAUAACUUACUUGAAUGCCUUCAAGGUAUGGCGGAACGACAAAAUGAAUCGCCGCAUAACCAGCGCUUUCGGUGAGAGGGAAUGGGCACGGCAGAACGGCCUACGCGUGAAGUCGCUGCGCGAGAUUAACGCCCUUGUGUCUGACAUCACGUCCAAGUUGCGCAAAUUUGGUAUCAAGGACUAUGUAAGCGGCAACAAGCGCCCCUGGAAGGACUACCGCAUCAAUCCCGUCAUCAUCCUCAAGAUCAUUAUCGCCGGUGCUUUCUAUCCCAACUACUUCAUCAAGAUGCCCUGCGACAUAGCGAAUCGCCGAAAAGCCAUAGAGAAGUCGCUGCCCCAGCGAGACCCGCGGAAGACCGUCUUCCUGCACGGGUGGCCGCUCAAGCAGCCUGGGCCGUUAUAUGCCAAGCGAUUCCAAGAGAUCUUUGCGCAGUACAUGCAGCUGCAGGAUCCUGAUGACAUUACGGUGUCUUUCGAUGGCUCGAGCCGAGUUUACAUCGAAUAUGACAAGGACGAUCAGUCAGCCGACGAUUACACCUUCGUGCGGAGUGCCAUCAAGAUGAGGCAGAGUCGCGUGCCGAUCGAGGUGGAUCUGCUGAGCGAGAACGAGGCUUCCAGUCAGGCGGAUGAGCUCGAGCUCAUGGACGUGUUCGAACGGACGACUUCAGCGAAGGCGUCGGACCCGGGUUGGACGAUCAAGCUGUACAACGAGAAGCCGUACCCCGAGUUACCAGACCCGGACGAUUGCAAGACAAAGGUGACGUUAUAUGGCCCAUCGUCACCGUUGGAGGCUCAGCUGACACACAUGACGGACUCGGGUAUGUUAAAGAAGGUGGUGUUGGAGGGGAUGUCGGUGAAUUCUGUUUUGCUGGACACUUGCCCGGAAAAUCCGAAGGAGCUCUUCCUGGUGGCGGAGUCCAUCCAUAUAAAGCAACGGAACGUGGAACACCUGGUCCUACGGAAUACGACCCUCCUGCCAGACACGCCCGGCUUCGCGUCCUUGAUUAUCUUGAUCUUCACGCCGUACAUGGAACUGAGACGCGAUCCUCUGGGCACUCAUUACACCGGCGCCCUGUGCGGGCUAGGAUAUGACUACACUACGGGGUUGAGUUUGUUCCCGGAGCACGAUCUGCAAAAUAUCUUCGACGUCGAGAUCACGAUGGACGACCUACGAACGAUUAACAAGCUGCGCCACUGGAUGAACGUCGCUAUGCACUUCGUCGAAGGCGUCGACGAGGAACAGCAGAGCGAGCUGACCAUAAACUGCCAGAACCAAAUUAAGAACGCGAUCAGCGAUGUGAUAUACAAGAGCCGGCAGACGCAGGUGCCGAUCUUGAGCACUAAUUUCCACAAGUGGAAUCUCUACGACGAGACUCUGUUCCUGGAGCCCGCUCGGGGGACCACCAGGAGGAACUGCGUGUACAGCUUGCACAAGGCAUUGGACCUGAACAAGAAUAACCCUGAACUCGAAGAGAUCAUUAGGAAUCUGCUGGAGAUGGACGCCUUGGCUCACGAGGAUCCACGCGAAGCGACUAUUGGGCCAGUGGUCUGCAAACUGUGCAAUGCGGAAAUACAAGGCAUCAUCAGCCUUCGCAUUCAUCUGUGCUCGGAACUACAUAAGAUACAUGUAAAGCAGGUAGACACGACCACCGAGUUCGGGGAAGAUCUGCAGAGUCUUUUGAGGAACAUGAGGUUGUAAUAUUGUCGAGCGAGCGAAACGUAUGACAAACAAGUCUGUCCUACAGAUGCUGAUCGAUAUUCGACUGAUAUAUGUGGUAC